GAUUCAUGAUGGACACUACAGCAGUCAGCCCGCUCACUCCUCUAGGCGUUAUUCCAGACUUAAAAAAUGCCACCUCUGUGCCUUUCAAUGAGACUGCAUGUGAAAACUGGAAGGAGAUCCAUCACCUUGUUUUCCACGUGGCAAAUAUUUGUUUUGCAGCUGGCCUGGUUAUUCCGACGACUCUGAACCUUCAUAUGAUUUUUCUGCGAGGUUUGCUCACUGUAGGAUGUGCAUUGUUCAUCAUUUGGGCUACGCUGUACCGUUGUGCCUUGGACAUCAUGAUCUGGAAUUCUGUGUUUUUGGUGGUCAAUCUUUUACACUUCAUAUACCUAGUGUAUAAAAGAAGGCCGAUCAAGAUAGAGAAGGAGCUCAGCAGCCUGUACAAGAGAAUGUUUGAACCACUCCAUGUGCCUCCAGAGCUAUUCCAGAGAUUAACUGGGCAAUUCUGCAACAUUCAGACUUUGAAGACAGGUCAAGCUUACGCUGCAGAGGAUAAAACAUCAGUUGAUGACAGGCUAAGCAUCCUGCUGAAGGGGAAAAUGAAGGUUUCUUAUCGAGGACAUUUUCUGCAUAAUAUUUACCCCUGUGCCUUUAUAGAUUCACCUGAAUUUCGAUCGACUCAGAUGAACCGGGGUGAAAAAUUCCAGGUCACCAUUAUUGCAGAUGAUAAUUGCAAGUUCCUUUGCUGGUCCAGGGAAAGACUGACAUACUUUCUGGAAACUGAGCCAUUUCUUUAUGAGAUCUUUAAGUAUCUUAUUGGUAAAGAUAUUACAAAUAAACUCUAUUCGCUGAAUGACCCAACCUUAAAUGACAAGGCCUCAAAAAAGAUUGAUCGGCAGCCAAGUCUUUGCUCACAGCUCUCUGUGAUGCAGAUGAGGAAUAGUAUGGCCAGUACCAGUGACAGUGAGGAUGGCUUGCAGAUGUUUCUUCGUGGGACUUCCUCUUCAUCUUCUCUUCUGACAGGUCCAGCAGAGCACCUCCCCUAGUCGGCUCAUCGAUCACUCCUGCAAGAAAACUGUCUACUACUGUCUCCAGAAACCUCCUACUUGUGCUUGGCCCUCCUGCCACCAGACAUGGGUAGUCAGAGCUCCCAAGUACCCCAGGCCUUCAACUGUGAGACAUCAUCCAGCCAUCUGAAGAAGGCUUCCAUCUACUUGCUCUUCUUGAUCAGGCAGCAGAUACCUGCUGUGAAGUCUCCUGUGUUGGUCUGUUCUCUGAUCUUUACCUAUAAGUUCUCAGUUGGCUUUUCACCUGUUCCAAGGCAGAGCUCCGUGCACUGAAGCCAGUCCUUUGCAUAGAAGGCACUUAAACAAACUGGCACUCUCAGAAGCCUGAAAGAAAUUGUAAAUGUGUAUUUGUACAGUUAGCUGGAUUUCAAAUUCUCUUUCAGACCUAGAAGCAGAACACUUACACCAGUAUUUCAGCAUCAGGACAAAGCAAUCUAAACGCUUGGCAUUUCCAGAUGUAAUUGCAUUAAUUCCUGAGAUGCAUCCGUUCUUAGCAAGUACUUGAUAAAAACUCUUCUGUUGUGUGUUUCCUGGUUUGUGUACCGUAUUUUUUCUGGUGUGUGGUGUGUGCUUUCCUCAAGAGAGAGAUGGAAAUUUCUUAUAUGUUCUGAAAACAACAUUUGGCUGCGGCACUGCCACCACACCACUGGCAACAAGAGGUGUGACAGCAGACUCUGGAGUGCGGUUCUCUUACAUCUGGGGAGGCAGGGGGGGUACCCAUAGUGCAGUAUAAAGUACGCCUCAGGAAAUACUAUCAGUUCUUUUUCUUUGCGUUUUGAUUAAUGUGGAAUUUUUGACUCCUGCAGUUGAUAAAAGAUUGUUUUGUCUGACUAAAUCAUAACGCUUUAGUCUUUCUUUUUGCCACAAUAACUUGUUAGUUUGUUUUUUCUCUCGUGUAAUGCUGUUGCCCGAUGAUGUGUUUGCUACCAAGGUGAGCUCUGUCUGAAGAUCUGUACUGACUUUGUUUUAUGGCUACUAUGUACUUACUUUUUCUCAGAUAGCAGGAAAAGCUGAAGCAAAAAGCUGCCGUUUACCUUCCCACUGUUCAGCUUUCAAAAACCUUCAGUGCUUCUUCACAGCAUAGUCAGUCUUUUUUCGUGUGUGCUUUUUAAUUCUCAGUAUGAGGUACAUACAGAGGCAUACAGCCCCAGCGCUGUGUUCCCUGAAUUCUCUUGCAGUCGUGCACUAAUUUCUUAAGAACAAACAAACAAAAAAACCCAAGCAGAAUAUUCAGUGAGGAGCAAUAUGGAAAUGACAGCUGUAUUUCUUUUGGGAGAAGCAGCAACAAAUGAGUGUACAGAAGUUCUGCACAAUUCCUGUCUUGCCAUUCCUGGAUGAUCAAUGUGUGGACAGAAGCUUCUCAUUACAGAUACGAUGUCUGACUACUACAACUAAAAUAGGUCUUAUUUUCUUAAUUUCCAUGCUCUUUAAAAUGUGAACAUUUAUUUUGUGUAAUCUUAACAUGAAUUAUGCUUUUAGCUGUUCUGAA